UUUUGUUCAGCGCAGGAUUUCGAGUGAAUACAGCCGAGCGAGUGCAGCGGAGGACGCAGCAGAGCCGUCACCAUGUGCAUUUGACAAAUAACCGGGGGCCAUACAGGCGAGCUGAGAGGAUGACGAUGGUGAGUGAGCUCCAUAGUGUCUGAUGGUUUGGUAAUAAUGGACGUCCCCAAUGGCCAGCCCAGCGUCUCCACCUUCACGACCCCGGCCUCAGAGAGGAGCAGCAGUUCUGAGUCCCUCAGUGAGAAGGGCCCCUCAGAGCUCAAGAGUUUUGACGCUGUGGUGUUCGACGUGCUGAAGGUCACGCCAGAGGAAUAUGCAGGUCAGAUCACUCUCAUGGAUGCUCCAGUGUUCAAAGCCAUCCAGCCUGAGGAGCUCUCUAGUUGUGGCUGGAACAAGAAGGAGAAACACAGUUCAGCACCCAACGCAGUGGCCUUCACACGACGCUUUAACCAGGUGAGUUUCUGGGUGGUGAGGGAGAUUCUUCAUGCUCAGACUCUGAAGAUCAGAGCAGAAGUGUUGAGCCUCUAUAUCAGAACAGCAAAGAAACUGUGUGACAUGAACAAUCUCCAUGCAGUGAUGGCAGUAGUAUCUGCUUUACAGAGCGCCCCCAUCUUCAGGCUCACCAAGACCUGGGCUCUUUUGAGUCGAAAGGACAAGGCCACGUUUGAGAGGCUGGAGUAUCUGAUUUCUAAAGAAGACAACUAUAAACGCUUGAGAGAUUUCAUCAGCAGCCAGAGCAUGACAUCCUGCAUCCCGUAUCUGGGUAUAUAUCUGUCUGAUCUGACCUACAUCGAUUCGGCGUAUCCAUCCACUGGCAGCAUUCUGGAAAACGAACAGCGUUCCAACCUCAUGAACAACAUUCUGAGAAUCAUCUCAGACCUGCAGAGAUCUGUUGAAUAUGAUAUCCCAGUAUUGCCGCAUGUCCAGAAGUAUCUUAACUCUGUGCGCUACAUUGAGGAGUUACAGAAGUUUGUGGAGGACGACAAUUAUAAGUUGUCCCUAAAGAUUGAGCCACCAGCUACCAGCACACCUCGCACCACUGCCUCUAGAGAAGACCUCACAGGUCCAGAUAUAUCUGCGUCACCGUUAUGUGGUCGUCGUGGUAAUGUUGCUGAAGGUGCCCUGCCUAAAGUCUCGCCAACGCCACCCUCACCUCGGAACCUCAUCACCUACGGACACAGGAAGUGCCACAGCCUCGGCUACAAUUUUAUCCACAAAACGAACACGGUGGAGUUUAAAAGUGCUACUUUCCCCAACGCCGGAUCCAGACACCUGUUGGAUGACAGCGUGCUGGAAAGCCACACUCCCACACGAGGACAUGCAGAGAGCUCAACACUGUCUAGCGGCAUUUCACUGGGAAGCAGUGAAGGGUCGGAGCUCAGUGAGGAGAUGUCAUGGCCUGCCUUUGAGAGGACUCGAUUCUACCACUCUCUGGGCCCCGUCAGCAGAGUGGGUCGCAUUUCCUGCAGAGGAGCACUCAGGCCCAGCAGCUCUGCAGAGUCGGAGGAGCUGGCGGUGCAUCUGUACCCAGGAGCUGUCACAGUUCAGGGGGUCUUACGCAGGAAAACCGUCCUCAAGGAGGGCAAGAAACCCACGGUGGCAGCGUGGACUAAGUAUUGGGUGGCUCUUUGUGGUACUCAGCUUUACUAUUAUCCUGCUAAGUCCCUCAAGGCCACAGAGAGGAAGCAUUUCAAGUCUACCGCCAGCAAAAGUGUUUCUGUUUUGGGCUUAAUGGCCAUGAUGGCAGAUGACCCGGAGCAUCCCGACGUCUUCCUGCUGACUGACUCUGAGCACGGAAACUCAUAUAAGUUCCAAGCAGGGAACAGAAUGAACGCUCUGCUGUGGUUCAAACACUUGAGUGCAGCUUGUCAAAGCAACAGGCAACAGGUCCCAGCGAAUCUAAUGUCCUUUGAAUGAGUGAAACCAGGGCGAAUCAAACACGGCUGGAUGACAGGAGAGCAGAGGAAUAUGAAGAUCGCUGGGGAACGAGGAGAGGCCAGGGACGAAUAAAAGAGCAAAUGACUCGUGUUUUGUGUGCGUUGGAGCUUUUCCACUGCCAUCACCCAGCCUGAACCCCACAGCAAACUCCUUGAGCACCACUGC